AUCGAAAGGUCGCGCGGGCGUUCCAAAGAUGUGUGAGAACAGUACAGCUCCUUCUAUAAAUGAUUUCGUAAUGAUAAAACCUAUAAGCAAAGGUGCUUUUGGAAAAGUGUUUUUAGGAGCCAAGGCAAACAAUUUUGACCUCAUAUACGCAAUAAAAAUAAUGUCUAAAGAAGAAAUGAGGAAAAAAAAUCUCGUAGAGAAAGUUACGUGUGAGCGAAAUGCUCUUGCAGUUAGUAAAUGUCCAUACAUCGUCCAUUUGUACUACUGUUUGCAAACAACCAGUCACAUAUAUUUGGUUAUGGAAUACCUCGUCGGUGGUGACCUUAAGUCACUUUUGCUGGUUAUGGGCUGUCUUCAAGAAUCUCACGCUGCUAUCUACACUGUUGAAAUUGCAAUAGCCUUGGAAUAUCUUCAUACACAUGGAAUAAUUCACCGUGAUCUUAAGCCGGAUAAUAUACUUAUUGACUCCAAAGGACAUUUAAAGCUGACGGAUUUUGGGUUGUCUACUAUAACAUGGAAGCGUCCCUUGCAGCCAAGUGACGUUUUGAAUACACCAUCUAUCGUUCCGUUACCUUUUCAAUACUACCGAACUCCUGGCCAACUUAUCUCACUGACAACUGAACUGGCUUUCACAGAUACACCUAUCAUACAUAAAACUCAUGAGGUUCUGGAGGAACGCUUAUUGACUUCGCGGGAUGACGAUGCCAAAACGUGUUUAUCUUCAGCAAAAAAUUACUUUACCAAUUGCGAUGUUUCAAAUUCAUUGCAUAAAUCCUCUUCAGAACCUAGUUUUAGAUCUGUAGCAUUUUUCGAUGGACAACAUAUCUGUGAUUUACAACGAUUCAGAAGUUUUAGUGAUUUUGGUAAUAAAUCAUGGAAAUCUCACUUUCGUCAACAUUUGGUUCAUUGGUCACCAAUAUUCAGAAAAUCGCAUGUCAGGUGUUCUCAAAAUUUUGAAACAUCGGAAAUCCAUUCAGAUGAACUGCAGACGUCUUACUCCAGUCGAGUUAAUUCUCUUAGAACUGGCUAUAAACUAUGUCACCGUCAACAUAACUACAAUCCACUUCCGAAAAAUGAACCAACUUCUGACUUGUCUGCUACUCAUAGUUUAGCGAUUGACAAAUCAAAAAUAUCAGUAACUUUGAAGUCAUCAUAUCACAAUCAGGAAUGUCAGAAUAUGGAAAAAAUGCUUAGAAAUACAGCUUCGUGUUUGGAAAUUUCUUCUUUAAAUAGAGAUAUUCAGGAUUUGGUUUUGAACUCCUCUCCAUAUAAUCUGACUGAUAGAAAUGAUUUAAAGCGAAAUACUUCGACGGAAAAUAUAUUGUCUCCAGUUGAAAAAGCCAGAUUGAGCCUGUUCCGUCAUUCACCGUUAUCCCACUGUUUGGGUAUAAGUGGCGAUUAUUUAUUAAAUGAUAUUGAUCUCUCGAAUCCAUCUAUGGAUGACUGUAUAAAUUCUCCAGUGUUACUUAAUACACCUUUAAAAUUUCCUGAUCAUUCUCCUGCUUCUAUAGUUAAAAAAAGUAACAAACAUUUAACUCGGAAUUUCCACCCAAUCGAGUCAGAAAGUAAUCUUCCUGCUCAAACAUUGCUUUAUUCAAGUCCUUUAUGUUCCAUGCAUAUAAAUUCAACUUGUAAACGUCAGCGGUUCGACAACAAACUGAUCACUUCGUUGAACAGUACAUCAGCAAUUAAUCCACUUCAAGUUACUACAGAAUCACUUGAAAAUAUAUCAAAUCUAGAGAGCUUAUCUAGUCACUUGUUAGGUACUCCGGAAUAUUUGGCACCAGAAUUAUUACUUCAUCCUAAUUCUAAAAGUGCAUGCGAUAGUCCAGCUGUCGAUUGGUGGGCUUUAGGUGUUAUAUUAUUUGAAAUGUUAGUUGGUGUAACUCCAUUUGCAGACGAAACUGUAGAAAAUGUGUUUCACAAUAUUCUAAGUUUAGAUAUACACUGGCCUGUUGCUACUACAUGUGGAUCAUCUUUUAACAUAAAUGAAUCACCACAAAAAAACUGUGAACUUUCACAAGCAGCUGUAAACUUAAUUAAUGGCCUCUUAUCCUAUAAUCAAACAGACAGACUUCAAGUUGCAAAUCAAAUAAAGUCAAGUGAUUUGUUAAUACCUGUUGGUGAUUGGAAUAAUUUACAUGAUUUAGAAAUGCCUUUCAUUCCUGAUCCUGAUAAUUCAACAGAUACAUUUUAUUUUGAUAUUCGUAAUCGGUACAAUCAAUAUAGCGAAGAGGAUCUAUGUGCAAAUGUGAAAUGAUAAAGUCUAUCACUUAAUUAAUUAAUUUUCGCUGUACAGAAAAAUCACAGUAUAUCCCCCUAUUCUAUCUGGAGUAUCUUUAUUUAAUGGUUUAGAAACGGUGACGGUUUUCACGGCCUCUUAUCUGCCAAAAACGCUUGACACAAUCGAGUUUUAUGUACAACAGAUCUUCUAUGGUUAGUUCAGUUACCUGAGUUGAGAUUGGUAUCUCAACAACAUCGUUAACUGUAAAGGCCCCAUCUUAUUUCGGAAUAGUGGCUUCAUGAUUGUACAUCCUUACCUCGCGGUUGAAUAUUCUCACACAUCAUUUCCUUACCUGUGAAAAUGUAUCUUCCAAUAAUAUAAAAGGCUAAAUCACUGGUUAGUACUGUUAUUAGUUUGAUAUAAAAAGUCAGUAAUUUCUGGAUGAGUUGCAUUUUUUCCAAUAAAAACUUCACAGACUAGUUGUUUUUUCAAGAAUUAAUUAGCAAAGAUAUUUUGCUAUUGAAAAUAGUUUAACAUCUGUCAAAACAAUGCAGUUAUGUUUCAUACAUUUCCUACCUUAUUAAAGAAGAAAUAACUGUCGUAGCAGAAUUGUGGCUUCUUUUUUAUACAGGAAUUAUUUUUACAUAAAUUAUUCACAAAUGCUUAUUAGAAAAUAUCCUUGUGAAUAUGUUGAGAAAAUUCCUACAUCACUGUAUUAUCUAGAUAGGUAAUUGUAUAUAUUCAACAGAUUCUUCAUCUAAAAACGGUGGAUUUAAAAACUCCAAUUCUAUUAGAUCAUUUGUAGGCUGAGAAAAUAUUUUGUAGUUAUUAUGAACAUUUUCAUAGUCGAUACUUAGUUGUUCAAUUAGUUGACUGAACGCUUGUGACACAACGUCACGAAAUAAUGCAGCUUGUUCUUUUAAUUUUUGUUCUAAUGUGCUGAUUUUCGAAUCUUUUUCUGCCUUACAAUUUAGGAAUUCUUGACGUAAAUUUUUCAGUUCAUUAUUUCUUAUCUCAAUUAAUUUAUUGGCCUCAUCUAGUUUUGUGGUUAAUUUUUCUAUUUCGUCUCGAAGAUUGGUUACUUUUAUUUCGUUUUCUGUGAUUAGGAAAGCAUUAUGAUUUUGUGUUGACUUUUUCAAUUCAUCAUAAUUUCUUACAGACUCCAAUUUCUCAGUAUAUGCUUGAUAGCGUCGAUUUUCUGCAUUUUCUGCAAUAAAUAUUUUUCUGCUUACUUCUUCCCGCAAGUUUUUUACGUCUUCCUGUGUUUUUUGUAAUACCUCUAUCACAGGGUCCUUUGCUUUAGUUUUCUUUCCUUUAGUUUUACGUUUACCACUAACAGAUUUCGACAUUAUUCAGAGCUAUUUUUAGUUCAAAACAAAUCGUUUUCUGAAGAAAUCCUACAAAAAACAUGUAAAUUUUAAUAAAAGAAGUUAAGAACUAGGAGAUUUAUGGUUCACUUUAUAUGUCUACUUUGUAACAAACAUUACAGUUCUCAGACUUACUAAAAAUCAAUGUAUAUUUUGUAUAUAUUACUCCUGGUUUUAGCAGUGAACAUUUUCCAUACUAUACGAGGUCAAAAUUGCAUUUCUUUCUACAUGACAUUACAUUUCUUACUAAUUAGUAUAUAAUCUAAUGAUUGACACGAAUAAACUUCUUGUUUAGAGCCUAGUACUAACACUACAUUAUGUUAUCAUAUGGCACUCACACAAAUUUCAGCUUGGUUGCAUCUAAACUUUACGGUUUUCAAGUAACGAGCUUUUAUGCAUUUGGUACUGGUUUUUAAAGCAGUUGGAUUGGUAUUUUCAUAUCGCAUCAGCAUUUUGUGUAAAUAUAAGCUAAUUAUCAUUUGUAAGCU